GGGAGACCAUUAAGAUCGUCAUCGAGGACUACGUGCAGCACCUCAGCGGGUACUACCUGAGCCUCAAGUUCGACCCCGAGCUGCUGUUCGGGGUGCAGUUCCAGUACCGGAAUCGCAUCGCAGUGGAGUUCAACCAGCUCUAUCACUGGCACGGGCUGAUGCCCGACUCCUUCGUCAUCCAGGGGGAAGAGUACAGCUACCAGCAGUUCCUCUACAACACCUCCAUGCUCAUGGACUACGGCGUGGAAGCGCUGGUGGAGUCCUUUUCCAAGCAGACUGCAGGAAGGAUCGGUGGGGGACAAAACAUCAACGCCAAUGUCUUGGAAGUGGCCAUUGGGGUCAUCAAGGAGUCCCG